GAAUGCCAACUGCGAAGUGGUCCAGCAUGAGGAUUACAUCGAAGUUGUCACGACAUGUGAUGUCGACCCAGGGGAAGAGCUGUUGAUCUGCUACGGGCACUUUUCCAACUCAGAGUUGCUAUACAACGCAGGUUUUACGUCCUGGCCGAACGACUUUGAUUGCAUCGUGCUGGACUCCGCUGACCUGCAGGCCGCAGCUGCGGAAGUCUGGAGAGCCCGCGGCGGUCAGAUCUCCGGAAGAAGCCUGGAAGAGUUGGAAAGCGGCUUCGAGGUGAAGCUCUCUGCAGCUGCGCCACUCCUUGGGCGGGGCGUGCCCUCCCGCGCCGUGACCUUGCUGGCAGCGCUAAUGCUACCAGAGGAGAGAUGGCAGAUCCUCCUACAGAACGACGAAGGCCUUGGCGGCGUUCAUGACCUUUGGGCACAGAACUCUGAGGAGGCGUCUUGGCUGCGAUCUUUGGUCGCAUCUUGCGUCCUCAGCGCUCUGGAAGAUACCGUGGCGCCGCGCUACGACGCCACCUCCUUGGACUUCGACUGUGAGGCGCUGCGGCACGCUGAAACUUCCUUGUCCGGCAGGUCACAAGCGUCGCCGCUGCCCACUGCUCUACUUCGGCGCGUGAACGCCCUUCGGGUCCGGGUAUCCGAGCGCCAGACGCUUCGCAGGCUAUCCGCGGCCCUGCGUUCGAGGAUCGCGCCGGCGGGGCAG